AUGGGUAAUGGAGCUAGAACAGAGUUCUGGAAUGACCCUUGGGUUCAGGGAAACACUAUGAUGGAAACUUUUCCCAGGGUAAAAAUUAGAGAUACAGACAUUCCUAGAAACACCAAAGCUGCAGAUCUUUGGAGGAAUGGAGCUUGCGAUUUUCCUGACCCAAUUGAUGAGGCUUCUGAGGAAGCUUGGAACUACAUAAAAGAGCAUCAUUCUGGUCCUCAUUGGUUCAAAAUUGUGUGGGGAAAGAACUCUAUUCCCAUGCACAACUUUAUCCAUUGGCUUGCCCUGAAGAUAAGAUUGAGAAUUAAAGACCAGCUGAAAAACUGGGGUGUUACUCCUGAUAAUGUAUGUGUCCAUUGUACAAAUGGGAUUGAAACAAUUGAGCAUUGUCUUUUUAAUUGUGACAUGGCAGUUGAAGUUUGGAGGAAGUUCUGGCCAAUAUGCAGGAUCAAUCAGAAUAUUGAGACCUGGAGAAGGCUUGUCAGUUGGUUUUGCAGGAAAGCAACUGGCAAAAGCAUUUUAGCUAACAUCAGAAGAGUGACCUUUGCAGCUGUGGUAUAUGUUCUAUGGAAUGCAAGGAAUAGAAAGAUUUUUUUGAAUGAAACUAGCUAUGCUAGUGCUAUUGUGAGAAGAAUCAGAGACAUUCUACUGGAUAAGUUCAAUGGCUACAACACCAAUACCAUUUUGAAUGAGAUCCUUAGAUGUAUUCAUCAGUUCCAUCCUGAGGCUUUUGUAUCAGGCUUUUGUAUUAGGGCUGUUCUGAUGUUGCUUAGGUGUAAUCUCUUUGAAGUAUUUCAAUAG